CACGUGGGGAUCACCACGGUUCACACUUACCAGUCGAGAAGAAGUAGACAUGUUUAUGGAAACGUAGCCAAUAUUGCAUCCGUACUAGGCUGUUGUAUGAAAACCCAUCAAUAGGUAGGUGCCCAAAGUGUAACACUCGCGCCACUGUUUCCACGCAGACAGUGAAUAAAUUCGACAACAGCUGGAAAUAUGCUGCUCAUCUACUGUAGUAGUAUAGACUAUGCCUAGGCUACAACGAUUAGGUAGUGAGAACUGACAAGUCAAGACCCCGGAGCAGUUUUAUCUAGAAGGGAUACAGCUCUUGUCUAACUUGACUUUUCGUAGCAGGUUUAGGAGAAUUUACGCAGCAGGUUAGGAUAAUUUGGUCAAGGUUGGCUAAAAUGCACAAAAAAAAUAGUUUUGACGUCAAUUUGACAAAACCUGUAUCCCAUCUAGACAUGACCCCUGAAGCCAGUUGCUUUCACUUCCCUGUUAUGAAGAUGACUAUAGCGCCGUCAGGAGUGGUUACAACUGCGCAGGGCACUUGAGGUGUGCCAUCCGGUUCAUUGUAACAUAAAUCUCUUUUUGAAUUUCCAAUCUGGUGAGUCGCCGGCAGAAGGUGAUGCUGCAGAUUAUUUGUAUCAUUGGCAUUCCCAUUCUCGUGUAAAGCAAUGUCUACCGACGGAGAAUCAAGAUUUGUAGAGGAUAUCUUUUGGGUAGUCUACUUUGCAAGAUAACACGGGCUGUGUGGCUAUCUGUUAAAGCCUUGUCGCUUUGGCGUGCUGAAGCAUCGUGGAUCGUAUUAUUGUCAGUUAUUUCACGUAGCGAGGCGAUCAACAAUCAAGACCUACACACAGCUACCGUGAACGAAAAUCCACAUUUAUAGCGGAUUUAAAGACAGUUGGGGUGCGCGCCCACCUGUUGCUGGGAUGAAACCCUCGCCAGGCAAUGGGGUGAGCCUCGAGACGCAUCGAGAGGAAUUGCUGUCCAACGGAGGCUGCGGGGUGUCAGACACCGUGACUGCUGUCCAACCUGAAACUGGUCCCGGAUCCCCAAUGACUGACAAACCGGGAGCGGGAGAAACUACAGAUGCCAAAGGAAUCCCGAGGCGGAGCAGUAUUAUCAAGGAUGGGUCUCGUGCUGGUCGUGAGAGGAAGAAGACGGUAUCCUUCAGCAGAAGUCUCUCUGAGAGGAAGAUCAGCAGCGCUGCAGACUGCAUCAGCGCCAUGAUGGAGGGUACUGAGUUUCGGAAGGUGCGCUCCAACUCACGAGUCUACCAACGCUACUACCUGCUGGAGUCAAGUCUGCAGGCCCUGCGAUGGGAGCCCUCCAAGAAGGAGUCCGACAAGGCCUGCAUCGCUGUCCCCUCCAUCAGAGAGGUCCGCACCGGCCGCAACACAGAGACCUUUAGGACCAACGGCGUCUAUGACCAAAUCUCUGAGGACUGUGCCUUCUCUAUCAUCUAUGGAGAGACCUAUGAAGCUCUGGACCUGGUGGCUAACUCUGCAGAGGUGGCCAACGUCUGGGUCACUGGCCUGAGGUAUCUGAUUCUGUAUGGGAAGCAUGCCAUAGACAUGAUGGCCAGCAGUGAGGACAGCCUUCGUCUCGCCUGGCUAGCAGAGACAUUUUCCUCUAUGGUUGUCUCAGAUGGACAGGGUGGAGGAGAGGAGGUGGGGAUCAGUUUGCGGUCGGCUGUACGUCUGAUCAGGAGUGUUAACCCCGGGGUGAGGAGUGAGAAAGUGGAACACCGGUUUAAGGAGCUCCAUCGUGUCAGGGAGAGGAUGAAUGGGGCCGGGACAUCUGGAGUUGGAACUGUGGCUGAAGCAAAGGUUGGGGCUUCAGUUGUAGCUGUGAUUGGCUCAGGAGCUGGCGAUGAGGAUAGGGCUCCAGCUGUGACCGAAGCUGAGGAAAGGGAUGGGGGUGGAUCUGGAGCUGGGACUGGAGCAAAUGCAGACAACAGAAGAGGAGGGAUAGAGGACAGGGUAACCAAGGAGGAGUUCAUUGAGGUCUUUCACGACCUUUGCACCCGACCGGAGAUCUACUUCCUGCUGGUGCAGUUCUCUAGCAACAAGGAGUACUUGGAUACCAAGGAUCUAAUGAGGUUCCUGGAGGUUGAGCAGGGCAUGGCUCAGGUGACUGAAGACACCAGUCUGGAGCUCAUCCAAUCCCACGAGCCGUCGGAGGAGGGACGUCGCCAAGGCUGCCUCUCAUUGGACGGUUUCACCAGAUAUCUCACCUCCCUGGAGUGCCACCUGUUUGACCCAGAGCACAGCCAGGUGUGCCAGGACAUGAGCCAGCCCCUAUCCCACUACUACAUCAACUCCUCCCACAACACCUACCUCAUCGAGGACCAGUUCAAGGGGCCCGCUGACAUCACCGGCUACAUCCGCGCUUUAAAGAUGGGCUGCAGGUGUGUGGAGGUGGAUGUCUGGGACGGCCCUAGCGACGAACCCGUGGUUUAUACCAGUCACACCCUCACCUCGCCCGUCAAGUUCCACUGUGUCCUGGAUGUGAUCGGCCGUUUUGCGUUCGAGGCUUCGGAGUUUCCACUGAUCCUGUGUGUGGAGAACCACUGCUCCCCCUGCCAGCAGAGAGUCAUGCUCCAGCACCUGAGGAGGAUACUAGGGGAGAGGUUGUACACGAAGCCCCUCAGGGAAGGGGAGGUGUACCUGCCCUCGCCUAAUGCCCUGAGGGGCAAGAUCCUGUUGAAGGGGCAGAAGUUGGAGGAGGGAUGCGGGGGGGCGGAGGGGGACGUGACUGACGAAGACGAGGGGGCGGAGAUGUGCCAGAGAAUGAAGGCUGGUAACAGUGGAGAAGGAGCGGGGGAGGGGGGGCAGAAAGCUGGAGGGGGUGGUGGUACUAGUAGCAUUAAAUCCCUGACCCCUCCUACUACCCCUAAACGGUUCCAGCUCCUAAAGGAUCUCUCUGACUUGGUGACUCUGUGCAAGUCAGUACGUUUCACAGACUUCCAGAUGUCGUUCUCUAUCCAGAAACCCUGGGAGCUCUGCUCAUUCAAUGAGACCCUAGCUUUGCGCUGCGCCAGUGAGCGCCCAGGAGACUUUGUCAACUACAACAAGCGCUUCCUGUCGCGGGUCUACCCCAGCGCCAUGCGCAUCGACUCCAGCAACAUGAACCCACAGGACCUGUGGAAGUGCGGUUGCCAGAUUGUGGCUUUGAACUACCAGACGCCCGGGUUGAUGAUGGACCUUAACAUCGCCUGGUUCCGCCAGAACGGGAAUUGUGGGUAUGUGCUGCGACCCGCCAUCAUGCGACAGGAGGUGUCGUAUUUCAGCGCUGAUACAAGAGACUCUGUGCCGGGUGUGUCCCCUCAGCUGCUCCAUGUCAAGGUGAUCAGUGGUCAGAACCUGCCCCGUCCGAGGGGUUCUGGAGCUAAAGGAGAUGUGGUGGACCCGUACGUCUACGUGGAGAUCCACGGUAUCCCUGCCGACUGUGCCGAGCGCCGCACCCGCACGGUGAUGCAGAACGGAGACAACCCCAUCUUUGACGAGAGCUUUGAGUUCCAGAUCAACCUGCCAGAGCUGGCCAUGGUGCGCUUCGUGGUGCUGGAUGACGAAUUCAUAGGGGACGAGUUCAUAGGUCAGUACACCAUUCCCCUGGAGUGCCUACAGCCAGGCUACCGGCACAUACCAUUACAGUCACUGAUGGGGGAGGACCUCCCGUACGCCAUGCUGUUCGUCCAUGUGGCCCUCACCAACCGGAGAGGAGGGGGAAAGCCCUACAAGCGGGGGCUGUCUGUGCGGAAGGCGAGGCGAGGGAGGGACUACGCUGCACUCCGGGACCUGGGGAUCAAAGAAGUGGACGAGGUUUUCAAAAUGGCCGGCCCGCAACUGAAGGAGGCCACGGACCUGCGGGAGAACAUGCAGAACUCUGUGGCAGUGUUCAGGGAGCUGUGUGGGGUGUCAGCGGUGGCUAACCUCAUGCAGUGUGUAUUGGCCCUGGGAUCCCGUGUGGUGGGGGCCGAUGGGGACCCCCUGAUGCUGUUUGAGCUGAGGGAGCAGUACCCUUCCAUGGAGCCCCAAGGGCCCCUGCCGGACGUCCUACGCAGGGUGGUCUCCACCUACGAAACGAUGAUCCAGGCGAGCAGAGCAGUGAUGGAGCUGUCAGACGGAGUCUAUGACAGGAUCCUACAGAUACAGACAACAGCCAUGAAGUUCCAUGAGACGUUGCAUUCCAUUGCAGUGAAGGAGGGGCUUAAGGAUCGUAAGGUCACCAGAGCUGUGGAGAGUUUCAGCUGGAACAUCACCAUAUUGAAGGGGCAGGCAGACCUACUGAAACGGGCUAUGACGGAGGUGCAGGAGAACAUGAAGCAGGUACACUAUGCUGCCCUGACCUCUAACCUUAGUAAGGGUGUGACAGGAGAGGCGACCCGCCCCCGACGCAGCCUGGACACCAUCCAGGAGAGAGCUACCGCUCCGGCUAGAGGUUCCCCUUAGGUACAGGUCUAUGACCAGCUUACCCACCUCAAAUUAUAUAUUAAAUCAAAACGGGGGAAAUGUCAAAUCUGACCUUAGAUCAGUUUCUAAGGGCACCGUCAUCCUUCUGAGGAUCGGCAGGUUGGCCAGAACUGACAACCAAGUUGCUACACUCACUCAAAAGUGAAUGGCUCCUUCUGCAUCUAACCCGGUUAGGGGCUGUUGGAGUCUAGUUGGCCAUUCUCUCCACACAACGAUGAAGAGAAGGAAGAUGGACUACAACAAUGAAAGAAAAAUACUCCUGUUAUACCACUGUCAGGAGGGAGGAGUGACGUCAGACACUGGAGACAGGAAUGUGGAGAGGAAUCAAGUCAGACAAUCAGAAUGGCCUGUCCCUGAAUGUCGCUGGAAAUGUUUUUAAUCCUACUCUCUGUGAAAUGUUUGUUCUUUUUGGAGCUGGAUUCAAUCUGUAAUCGCCGAGUUAUCAAUGAAGAUCCGUUUUCAAAUGUUUGAGCCGACAUACAGUAUGAAGCGACCGCGGGAAUAUUGACUUUAAUUGUUGAUCGCGCUUUAAAAGUGUCUCUUCAGCAAUAUGGAUUGAAUGGAGUCCUUGUUUUUUGUUGGGGGGAGUGGAGGGCUUUCAGGGUGAUCAAAACUACAGAACAAUGUGAAACUGAAUGAGACCGAAGUGGGAGGCUGAUUCAGAAUGUGUGAAUUGUGACUGCUACCAAUAAAAUAUGCUAUCUAGCAGACAAGUUUAUCCAAAGUGACUUUCAGUAGUGCAUGCAUAUUUUGUUUUUGUAUGGGUGGCCUCAGCGGGAAUCAAACCUACGAUCCUGAAGUUGCAAACACCAACUGAGCCACUUCAGCUUCUCCAGGUACAGAGGAACAAAAGAAUGUAGACGUGUACAGAGUAGAAUGGGAAUCCCCAUUCAUGUCAAUUAUGCCGUAAUGUACGUGUCUGUCUGCAGGUUUUCACUCCCUUGUACUUGACUGAUGAAUUAAGGGUGCUGAUUAGUAAGGAACUCCCCUCACCUGUGGAUAUUGGUGGGACAGGGUUACUGACUCAACUGUAUGAUCAAAAACAGUAUUUCAAGCACUCCUUCCAUAGCACCUUGACCAAUGCUUUUCUAGGUGUGUCACACUUUACAGUAUUAUCCUCAUUCUGUCAAAUGUUACUGGAUUUAACAAAAUGGUGACUUCCGAUAAUAAAAUGUAAAAAAACAUUCCUGACA